AUUGUAUCACUUUCAUGGUUUCUAUAUUUGUGAGUUACCAAAAGUAAGCACUAUAUUUUUCUCAUCAAUGGCCUAAAAAAUAUUGGCAAGGAGGACCACACUACUUAAUGAUUUUUAAGUAGCAGUCUACUCCUGACCACAUGUAUAAUAUUAAUAACUCACAUAUAUAUGCUUAUACAUAUAUAUGUCGCAAUUCAACUCAACUCAAACAAACCUCAAUUGGGCAAUGAAUCGAGAUAGUAGCAAGUAGCAAAACAGUGGGUGUAAAUAGUGAUGCCCUAAUUCAAAAGUUAGUAAGCCCAAUCCAAUAAAAACUGAAUCCAACCAAACUUAGCCUGUAAAGUGGAAAUCAAUAAAAUCAAUCGCCGUGGCCACUACUCACUCAGCCGCUACUUGAAUUCAGACUCUUCUCUUCUCUUCUCUCCGGCGAAGGUAGCGUCGUUAUUUUUCUUUUUCAUCUAUCGGAAAAACCAAUCCAAAAUUGAACAAAUAAUAAUAAUAACAAUAAUAAUAAACUGAGAGAAGAAAGAUGAGCCAAGAUUCUGAGAAGAGGUUUCGUUCAAUCAUGGAUAAGCUCUUCCAUUCUUCCAAAUCUUCAUCUAACAAUCAUUCACUCUCCAGUUCAUCGGGGGUGCAAUUAUCAACUUCAAGGGGUAAGAAACGUGGUUUUCAGUCAAUUGUAUCAGCAUCUGGAGGUGGAGGAGGAGAUAGGAGAGGAGAUGAUCAGUCUUCAUUAGCUGCUGUAACUGAAUCACAAGGUCAUCUCUGUCGACCGUGGGAUCGUGCUGAUUUUAUGAAGAGAUUAGCUACAUUUAAAUCUAUAUCAUGGUUUGCUAAACCUAAGAGAGUAAGUGCUGUCAAUUGUGCUAGAAGAGGUUGGAUCAAUGUUGAUGUUGACACUAUAGCCUGUGAAGAAUGCGGGGCGCGUCUUCUGUUCUCUACACCAGCAUCUUGGAAUCACCAGCAGGUGGAGAAGGCAGCAUUGGUCUUCAGUUUAAAGUUGGAUAAUGGACAUAAAUUACUUUGUCCAUGGAUUGACAAUGCCUGCAGUGAAACAGUGGCACGAUUUCCUCCAACAUCACCUCCAGUAUUAGUUGAUAAUUACAGAGAACGCUGUUCUGCUCUCUCGCAAUUGUCAGCUCUUCCGCGUAUUUCAUCUUCUACAAUAGACCACAUGCAAAGCCCACUUCUGGAUGACUUUCUUGGACAAUCAUUGAUGCAGGAGUGUGAAAAUGGUUCUUUCGAACAUUCUGGAAUAGAAGAUGUCAGUAGUCAAGAGGAACUGAAAUUGUAUUACCAGGCUCAAAGGCUAAUAAGUUUAUGCGGCUGGGAACUUCGCUCUUUACCUUAUGCCGUUGACUGCAAGGAUGUAUCAAAUCAGUCUCAUAAAAAUUCAACUAUUAUAUACUGUCCUCAAGUAGUUGAUGAUGCGACGAAUAAAAGUCUCAUCGUCUAUUCUGCUGACAAUAAUGAAAGUUCAAAAGUGGAUGAAAAUUCCAAGUAUUCUAUUGGGGAACAAAUGGAUCCCAAUUCUGUAGUUUUCGAUUGUUCCCUAUGUGGAGCCACUGUUGGAUUGUGGGCAUUCUGUACAGUUCCUCGGCCUGUGCAAUCAAUCAGAUUAGUGGGAUAUGCAGAAUUGAAUGGUGAAAAUGAUGUCGUGACACAGAGUUCACUCAAUAAAAAUACAAAUGAUCUUGAAAAUAGGCAGGGGGUAAAUAAUGCCGUGUCUGACGUUGCAAAUUCAUCAAAGGGCGCAUCUUCGAGUCUAAAUAUGACAAUUGCAGGGGGUCCUCCCCCAACAAAGCAAAACUUCAAAGCAAUAAUAUCUUUGCCUGUUAUUGGUCAGAAUUUAAGAGCUCGUCUUUCUUAUGAUUAUGAUAUUAGAGAUCAUUUUUUUGUUGAUCUGGGCGGUAGUCAGUCACAUUCACAGAUCAGGAUUCAGGAGAUAACUGAUAACACGGUUAAUACCUCUAUUAGACAACUUGUUCCUGUAUCAUCUGAGAUAAGAGAAAUUUCAAAUUGUGAAACUGAUUCUCAAGCAAGCAUUCGCGACUCAGUUGUAGACAAUGUUUUAGAGGGCACCCAUUCUGCACAACAACCUUCCAGUCUUAAGGACAAGAUUCCCGUACAAGCAGAAACUGAUAGAUCAAAGAGUUCAUCUGUAGGCGAUCCUAGUAGCUCUAAGAAAAACUUGGCAGAAGAUGAAGCACUUUCUGUAUCACAUAAGACCAAGGAAGCUAGUAAUGUUGAAACUUGCGGAGUGAAAGAAAGAGUAGAGAAUCCAACUAGCAGUGAAGGUGUACAUAAUAGUUUAGGUAAGUUUAAGAAUCCAACAAUGUCUGAGAAAGCAAUGGAAUUUGAUCCAAUCAGACAGCACAGACACUUCUGCCCAUGGAUUGCAUCGGAUGACGAUGGAGAGCCUGGGUGGAAACAAACAUUAUCUGCUCUGUAUCGACCAAAAGAACAUUCACAACAUUCUCCAAAUACAUCUCCGUCAUCUAUGCCCAUUAUUAAGGUAGAUGACCCUGUUGGUUCAAUCAGAAAGCUUUUCAAGUCUCCACCUACGAGAAGAACGAAACUUACUCACAUUUCGAGCCAAAAUGCAGAGCUUGGGUAGCUUAGACCCAGAUGUAAGAUAGGUCUUAAUUCAAGAACACGAAACCAUUGUAUACUCUCAUUUUUCUUAGCAUGUUAUUCCAUUUGAAAACCAUGUAAACUGUAAUUUUUGUAUUAAUAGUUCAAUAGCUCUCUUUUAAGAUGAUGUUGGAUCAAUCCCCCUCCUAACAAAAGAAAGUAAUUUGUUGCACCUUGAUGUUAUUCGUGAUUACAUUGCCUUUUGGAACUGAGCUGUAUUUUUUAUUUUUUUUCCAUUUGCAAUUGAAAUGGCAGAUGCUACAUAGAGUUGGAUAA